AUGGCCAAACUGUUUGAACCGUGGAUUCUGGUCCUUGACACUGACAACACUAGUCAUCCUCACUGUUCUCCCUGGCUUGAAUCAGAUGCCGCAGCUGCAGCGAGCUUAGUGAGCUUAUAUGCACGCUUGAUGGAGACUAUGCAUGAGAAAUUCAAAGAUUGCUUGUUGCCAGGACAAAGAGGAGCUCUGUGGUUUCAUCUCAUGCAUUACUGUGAGACCUGCACCUCUCCCAAGAUGCCAGAGUACCUGCUGUACACGUACCACACUGAGUACAGCCGUUUGCCAUGGAAGGACCUGCAUCCAGAUCAGACACUCAUGAACCAGUUUUUCAAUGUGGAGAGGGGAAGCCCAAAGAGUUGUUUCCUGUUUAUGGGAGAGCUGCUGUGUGAGGUGAACUGGGUCAGUGUACUGAGUGACUCUCUCAGCCCCCAGCUGAGCCCCUCAGCUCAGACGAUGGUGGUCUCUGUCCUCUAUCUGAUGGUGUUUCUGGCCAAAGAGGAUCUCAGCAAACCUGAAUCUUCUGUCCUCAGUCUCCUGGACCAAUCAGCUUCUCUGCCUUGGCACCUAGUAGAUUUUCCUUCUUAUCAAAAUGUUACACGCUACGUCAGCACACAUUACCCAGCAUCCCUUGUUCUCAGUCAUGAUACUUCUUCACAACAUGUCAUCAGAUUGCUCAGAAUGGCUGCUGGAUUUGGGCCGACCACACAAAUGUUACAUCACAAGGACAUGACUUUAAAGUGCCAAGCCUUCCUUCACCUAACGGUGCAGUUCCUGACCUCUCUGGAUCAAAAUGGGAACAUCAGUCUGGCAUCUCUGGAGACAGAAAUGGAGAAAUUACUGGAGUACAUUGUCAUUUUCAACCCUCCUGAGACAGACCUCCAGCAGCGGCACAUGGCCACAUGCAGUCUGUUUGCUGAGAUGCUGACUCUGCUGAAUGAAGCUGGCAUAUCUACAGCAGAGGGACUCGGGACUAAACUCCACUCCUGGGUGGAAAAGCGAGCUCGGGGGCCUUUGGUUCUCCCCCUACUAACCGCUGCGUGCAGAUGCCUGGCCUCAGUGCGUCAUAUGACACGCACCACUGAGGCCUGUAUUCUCUCCUACUUCACUGAUGGUGGAUGUGCUGAUCAAUACUCUGGUUGGGGGCCCAUCCUGGUCUCUCUUCAGGUUCCUGAACUGACUGUUGAGGACUUCAUUCAGGAAAGCCUGAACCUGGGCAGUUAUCUCACGCUGUACGUCUACAUCCUCCAGAGGCUGAACCUGGAGCAAACCCUCCUGAAUGAGAAGAAGACCUUGGUGCUGCUCAACACAUGGAUCAGUCAGGUCUUUCCUAGUGGUCCAGCUGAUGAGGCAAAGCUGUUUUUAUGGUGGCAUAAAUUCUUGGAGCUUGUGCAGAUCCAGGUGGAUCAAGAAGACACCAGUGCACUUGACACUCUGAUUCUCACCUUAAUGGCGUUCCAGAACCGUCUAGCCCAGCUCGGUGAGGAAAGACUGAACUCAGGCAUCUUGGGAGCCAUUGGCCUCGGGAGGAAAUCCCCACUUUCUAGCAGUUUUCGGGUUGUGGCGCGCAGCAUGUCAACAUUUUUGCUGGUCCAGGUGCCCUCAGAGAAUCAGCUGCGUCUUCAUCCAGGCACCGAGCUGCAGCUCUCAGCUAAAGCCCAACAGGCCUUAUCGGUACUGGAGCAGAUGCCGAGUAAUAAGCAGUAUUCAGAGCUGCAUGUGUCUAGUCUUCAGAUCCAGGCAUUGCUGAGAGCCUUCGAAGCCCGCGACCGCAACCUGCAAGAGAGCAACUACGAACGUGUCAACCUGUGGUCGUGUACCAACCUUGUUGUCAUGGUGAUCGUAUCCGGGGUCCAGGUGUACUUGCUGCGCAGCCUCUUCGACGACAAGAGGAAAACUUGCACAUAG